UCGGUCAUGUGAUCAGCUGUGUCCAAUCACAGCUGAUCACUGAUCAUCAGGGCACUGAUGAUCAGUGUGCCCUGAUGAUCAGUGUGGCCCCAGAAGUGCCACCUGUCAGUGCUCGCCAGUGCCAUCAGUGCCCAUCAGUGCCACAUAUCAGUGCACAUCAAUGCCACAUAUCAGUGCCCAUCUGAGCUGCCUUUCAAUGUCACCCAUCAGUGCCAAUCAGUGCCACCUAUCAGUGCUGCCAAUCAGUCACAGUCAGUGUCGCCUAUUAGUGCAGCCUAUCAGUGCCGCCUAUCAGUGCUAGCCAGUGCCGCCUAUCAG